AUGGCCCAUCGAACUAGCCAAGAAAAACUGCUCAUCGUACAUGCUCACCGCUAUUUUCUCGCAGAAGCUCGGCAACGGCUAAGCCCUUUAGGUCGUGCCGUACGGCAACGUGUAGCCGAGUGUCUUGCGGUUUCAGAAGACUUGGUUGCACGCGUAGUUGCCGCCUAUAACAAACACGGCGAGGCCGACUUGGAGGCACCUCCGUCAAAACGAGGUUGCCCUCCGCGCUCUCAUGUUCAGGACUUGCACGGUUAUAUCACCGAUAUAAUACGAGACCGUAAUUUAUCGAAGCGUCGAGGCACAUCUGCGCCGAAAUACUAA